AUGCUAGCUCUUCACCCCAGCUAUUUGGCUAAUAUUAGCCUGGGAGCCGAGGCGCAGUAAAAUGAACCGUUGUCGCCCUUUGUUUUUUAAACCGGACUAGGAGACGUUGCGAGCGUCACGCAAUUGAACCCACACGUAUCGGAUCUAAGUAGUUUGCGUUGUUAAUUUGAUGCUUUCCAAGAAGCAGAGCAACUGUAUCCAAAACAAUCUUCAGCUAGUUGGCUAGCAUGCGGCUAACUCCUGAUUCUCCCGCGAGCUAGAGAAAACGGAGAGUCCAAAACUUGGAAAACAUCGGGCUGAACGCAGAGAAAACCCGACCCGUUCAGCUGAUACUAGUCCCGGUAGAAGCCACCGAUGUCCCCACUACAGACGGGGACUAUAUGUCUCUUGUUGUGCGUUCGUUCGUUUUUAAAUUGUGCCUCACAAGACUUUUGCUAUUAAGGCCCUUCACAUGGACAUGAACUGAGGACUUUCUCAAGGAGUUAUUUUCCGAAUAGCGGAUUCGCAGGAAGCACAGUCUUUACGGAACAUCAAAUCGGUGUUUCUCAGAGUCUGUCCUUCCAAACAACCAGCAUGCACAGCGGACCGCGGAUAUCCUAGCCUAAACAGAUCCUGGCUUUCCAAAGAUGACAAGGUUCUGGAAGACAGACGUCACAAAAUGAUGGGAGGCAGCGAGACUGUCAGUGGGGACAAGGAUGGGGUCCAGGCCAUAGCAAUACACGUCCCCAUUGGCUGGCAGCGCCGGCUAGAGAGCGGACAGGUGCUCUAUGUCAGUCCCAGUGGCACUUGCCUGUCUUCUCUGGAGGAGGUCAAGGCCUACUUGUUGACCGAUGGCACCUGCAAAUGUGGCCUAGAGUGUCCACUUGUCAUCCAAAAGGUGUUCAACUUCGGCACGGCUGUUAAGGUGGAGCAGCACAGCCAACCACUGGGCAAGGCGGAGCAGGAUAUGACCAAACUCUGCAACCAUCGCAGGAAAGUGGUUGCCAUGGCCACGCUGUGCCGCAGCAUGCAGGCGUCACAGCUGCCCUUUGCCACCCUCCAUCCUCCAGAGCGCCACAGCGGCCUGUCGGACCACCGCGAGCCAAAGAGGAUGGCGCUGGGCGGGCGCGCCGACCGGGAGGAAGAGGAGCGCUGUGCCUACCCCCCCAAACCCCACCCCCACCCCGCCCGCGCCCACGGCAACCUCCAGCCGCCGUCGGGCUGCACCAGCCCCCGGACCUCCCCGGGGCCCCUGUACCCCUACAACGGCUCCUCCCCGCUCCGGCACACAAGCACAAACUCCCACCACGCCCUGGACGCUUUGAGGAGACUACAGCAUCCUCACCUCCCUCCCCUCCCGUCCUCCUCCUCGUCGUCCUCCUCUUCCUCCAACGCCUCCACCGGCUCCCCCUUCCCGUACGGCGGCACGCAGAGGUCGCCCCGCCCCACCGCGACGCCGCAGAAUCUCAGUCAAAGCCAGAGGUCCACCCCCAAGACCCCCGAGACGCCCGGCUCGCCUCGCCUGGGGCCCCUCUCCCCGCCGCCCUCCUCCCCGCUGGCCCCGGGCCCCCGUCACCCCCACGGCUCCGUGGCGGCGGGGUCUCCCCUCUCCCUCUCGCCGGCCCCCUCCCCCUCCAUCCACAGCAUGAGCUGCGUCUCGCCGCGCCAGCGCUCCCGCCACCCCUCCGCCUCCUCCCUGCUGUCGGAGCAGGGGGGAGGCGAGGGGGGAGGGGGGCUUAUGGGGAGCGCUUUCCCCCCGAGGAGGAGCUCCUCCUCUUCCUCCCCGCACUCGCCACUCCCCGGUGGCUCCCCCAAUCCCAACCUGCACUUCUCCAAGUACAAGCUGGAGGACAUUCUGGAGCAGUUUAAGAACUCAGGCAACAGCAGCACUAAUAACCACAACCACCUCCCCCUCCCCCCCAACGCCGCCCUACUGGCCAACCAAAGCAGCAGCAGCCUCCCCCACAACCUAUCCCUCACCCUGGAUAAAGUGGGGAGUGCGAUGGGCAUUGUGGGCUCCGCGGGGAACUUGGGACCGCUGGGUUUCGGGUCCUCUGGUCUGCCUUUGGGGGUGUUCCUGAACCACCAUCAGAGCCAGCCGCCGCACCCGACUUCCUUCCCCGCUAGCAGCUUGCUCUCCGCGGCCGCUAAGGCCCAGCUCGCUAACCAGACCACCCAGGGCCAGAGCUCGCACACGGGCAGCAACCCGGCGAGCUCGGCCUGUCCUCUGGAGCUCCUGAAAGAGACCCAGCAGCAGCAGCAGCAGCAGCAGCAACAACAACUACAGAAGCAGCAGCAGUCGACGAAGGUAAAAAACAGCACUUUACACCACAACCCCCCUCCUUCCUCCAUCUCUGCAAGUAGGCACCCCUCCCCGCACCCCUCCUUCCUCUUCCCUCCAUCACACCCUCUGGCCCAGUCCCUGGUGGCGUCCGCUCAUCACUUACCCCCCGCGGUGGAGCGCAACGCCUCACACCGGAAGCGCCACCGGCAGUCGCCCACGGUUCUGAGCAUGCUCAGAGAGACCCAGCAGCUCGCCAACGGGCCCUGGAAGACGCCGCCGGGAGACCUCCUCUCCACCGCCAUCAUCAACCUGUCCACCUCCUCGUCCUUUCCCCCCUCCUCGCACCCUUCCUCUACCUCAGCCGCACACAACCACGCCAUCGCCCUAGAGAACCACUACCAUCUCCCCCCCGGACAGAUCCCCCCCCGGCUACCCGCCGCCGCCCAUCAAGUAGCACCCAACGCAGGGCCUUCCAGACAAAUGGAGGCCCUGGACUUCACUACAGGCCUGACGGCCAACACGGGGCCUCCGCCGGGGCUGGAUCCCCCGACGCAGCCCCUCUCCGCCCUGUUGCACCUGCUGAGCGUCCAGAACGCUCAGGCCUCGGCCGCGGCCACCAUCUCAGCCUCCGCCCAACUGGGGUCUUUAGCCGGGGGCGGGGGCAGCGGCGGGAAGGGCGGCAAGCGGCAGAGCCCCAGGCCGCCGCUGUGCGCCUCCAAGCCCUCGUCCCACGGCCGCUCCCUAAAGACUCAGUCCCCCAGCCGGCCCGGUAGCACCACCCCUCUCCCCACCGCGACGCCUCCUCCGCCCUCCUCCUCCUCUCCGUCCCAGACGCACUCGAGCAGGUCCAGCCCCGUGCAGAGACUCUGCUCCCCCUCCAACCCCCACUCGCCCCGCUCCCGCACCACGCCCUCACCCUCCGCCUCGGAACAACAACAACAACAACAACAACCGCAGCAGCAGAGGCGCCCCGCCCCCGGGUACCACCGUGCGGCGGGGUCGCUCUCCAGAGCGCCCUCGCGGGAGUCCCUGGGGCUGCUGGUCUCCAUGGCAGCGCAGGCCACAGACGCGCCGACGCCCGGGGAGCUGAGCUAUUCUCAGGGCGCCGCGGCCACGGCCACCUCCCCCAAGCCUCUGGAUCUCAGCAACCACGUCCUGAACCUGCUGGCCUCUUCGUCCACCUCGCCCCAGGUGGAGCAGAGCUCCUCGGACCGGACCCAGAUGGGAAACCACAGCGCAGAACCAGGAGAGGGUGUCGGUGUUGACGCUGACACCACCUCCACGGGGGCUAAACCCUCUCCAGACACUAGCAGAGGCCCUACACCGGGCCACCACCACCACCACCACCACCACCACCACAGCAGCCCUCCUCCACCUCAUCCCCAGCCCCCCGGGGACAGCUCCGGCCCCAGCACCCCCUCCGCCCUGGCGGACAACACCACCCUCUCUCUGGCCGAGGCCUUCCCCUUCAUGAACCAGGAGCAGCUGCUUCAGCUGCUGUCCACCACCGGGGGGCUGCCCUCUCUCCUGGACCCCGCCGUCCUGGCCUCCCUGCCCCUCGGGGGGAUGUGGAUGUGCGGGCAGCAGGGGCAGGGUCCGGCCUCCCAGCAGAACCUGUCGGAUCAUCUCCCGGCCGACCCACAGUCCCCAGAGAUGAUGAUGCAGCAGCAGCAGCAAGACACGGCGCAGCACGCCCAGGAUCACCAACACAAGCAGCAGCAGCACAUGAACAGCAACCCGCUGUUCCCCCUGUUGCCCCUGUUGUUCGGCGCCCACGGGGACCUGCCGCUGGGCCUGCUGAACCCGCUCCCGCCCCCGAACGGCCCCGCCUCCAACCCGGGGCAGGAGGCCGACCUGGGGCUGGCGGAGAAACCCAGCCUCCAGGCUCUGCUCAUGGCCUCCCUGCUGCUGGGCCAACAGCACGGCCCCAUGUUACCUCUCUCUGGACUAUCGGGACUGGGCCAGCUGGGCCUGGAGCUCCCCCUCCACCAGUCGCAGCAGCUCCCGGCCUCCCUCGACGGCCUCCCGCCGUUGGACAAGAGCACCGGCCUCCUGGACCCCUCGGGCCUCCAGGGGCCCAGCCUCCUAGAGAUCCUGCAGGGCCUCCUCCCUCCCCCUCCACACCCGCCCCCCCCCCCCCCACCACCACCACCACCACCACCAUCACCACCACCCUACUCCUCCUCCCAACUCCGCCGAGGGCUCCCUGCAGGCGCUGCAGGCGCUCCUCCUCCCCUCCCCUCUCUCGCCCAACCCCGGGGCCUUCCUCUCCCUCAGCCCCGCCCUGCUGGCCGCCGCGCUGGCCGGCUCCGCCGAGCUCCACCCGCCUCCCCUCACCCAGCUAGCCCCCACUGCACAGCAAACCCAACACACCCCACCUCAGGUGACCUCUGACCCUGCCGGCGACACCCUGAUCCCGCUGCCUCUUCAGGGCAAGGACAACCACCUCCUGCAGCAGCUGCUGCCCUCGCUGCUCAACCCGGCCGUGCUCGGUGAUCUUUCGGGCCUCGCUGGCUUUCACAACAUGGUGGGUCUGGGGCACGGGGCUCUGCUCCUGCCCCCAGUUCAAGCCUCUGCUCUGGGCAUGCCUCUGCUGCAGGGUCCUGACGGAGCCAUCAACCUGCUCAACAACAUACAG